ACGCAUAAUGCGGAAGUAAUUGUCUGCACAAGUCCAACAUAAAUAUUGUAGUUGUUACGAAUUUUGAGGAUUUCCUUUUACAGAGGCAUCUUCUUUCGUAAAUAUUGUGGUGAUGUGAAAGAAUGACAACAAUUAAGCAUACACUACAGAAGGAAAUAUUUUUGCCCAACGAUGAGCGACUUGUCGGUUUGGUAAACGUUACUCAGGCAGGAAAGAAGAAAAAAAGCAGCAAGAGUAGUUUUCUCUGUGCCGCCUUGAGUACAGGAGUAGAUGGCAACACCCAAGUACAUGUGUACCAGAUAAAGAAAGCAGAGAAGGGGGAAACUUUUAAGAAGAAAGUAACAUGGACACUGAGAGAGCUGAAAGUUGUCGACGGAAAGGAUAAGACAAAGGAGAUAGCUGACUUUGAUCUACACUUUGAGAAGGUGUACAAGUGGACAGCCUGUAGUGUUGAAGAUAAAGAUGCUUUCAUUUCAUGUUUGUGGAAGUUAUCACAGAGACAUCUUGUGCAGAAACCAGAGUUCAGUAAUGUUCCUGACCGGCUUCUCGAAGAAAUCAUCAAACCUACAAGCCAGGGUCAGGCAGCACAAGAGGGUGUUCCCAUAGCAACAGAACUUGAGGACUAUCAGGCACUGUCAGCACGGGAAGAAUCAGACCUAGAAUCUCUCAUGUCCAACUGUGAUGCUGCCAUCAGUAAUGCUGAAAACUUUGCAGAACAGUUGUCUAAACAGUUAUCAGUACUUGAUGGGGCAAACAUUCACUCUAUAAUGGGAAGUGAAGAUCAAGUGCUGAACCUGAUGAGACUACUUGAUGAUGGAAUACAACAAGCUGAAAAUAUAGAAAGUAAACUAGAUUCCUAUGAUAAGAUAUUGCAGUCAGUGAAGGAACAGAUGGAAGUAAUGAAGGAUAAAGAUACACUUCUGUCUGUGAGAAAUGCCAAUCAUCAGAAAAUGUUGGAGGAAAUUGAAAGUCUAGUUAACCAGCUUGACUUAGACAACAAGUAUAUGAGAUCUCUAAUAGAAGGGGAUCUGUCCACACCAAACGGUAUCCUGGAGUGUACUGCAGCAGCACAACAGUUACAGAGAUGUCGACAUGCCAGUAUACAUCCUGCACUGCAGAAAAUGGCUGCAGUUGAAGAACAGAUGAAAAAGUUUAAUAAAUUGUCAACAGAUUUUUCUAGGCGUCUGGCCCAUCAUUUGAAUAAUUUAUUUAUUCACCAGGGAAAUGAAUUAGGAGAAACAUUAAGCAGACAUGCGUCUGAGCUGAAGUUGCCACAACACCAUUCUAGUCACAGAGAUCUUACCCCAUACACAGAGCUCAUGGCCUGGCUCAAACAAGCUGAUCCACGCAGCUUCAAAGAACUUGCCAAGGUGUAUGCCACAAAUCUGUCGAAGCUGUACAGCAAGGAGAUACAAGACUUCCUGGACUGUGCCAGACAAACAAUGAUGGGGAAAGGAGAUAAAGCUAAACUCAAUGUAAGUGGGGCCAAACUAUCAGGAUCAUCAGCAAGUUUAGGAGCACCACUUGACAGCAAGAAGCGGGCAGGAUCUAUACACAGUGUGGACUCAGUCUCUAUCGUACAGGGCUCGGACUCGGACCUUGCUAUGAGACACUUGUUUGAUCAGGUGUUUGACAAGGUACUCAGCGAGUUUGAACCAGUAUGUUUGGCUGAGCAAGAUUUCUGCUGUAAAUUCUUCCACCUACUGUCGGAUGUACAGAUCAUGUCUACACAGGAAGAGGCGGAUGAAGCUGAGGAUACUGGGGAUAUCUGGAUGAAGCAGAAACCAAAAAUUACAAUACAAUUGGUAGAUGAUGAUUCCUAUCCCAGGGAGUAUAUUGUGGAAAACUUGGGUGAGGGUUUGACCUCGAGGAUACCUACAUCACAACUGAGACAGAUCAAUGAGGAACUUAGGACGAUGAUGCUGGCAUUAUUUCCCAGUCUAGAAGAGGAUCUAGGCAACUUUAUAGUAUUUGCUGACAAGUUGGAUGGGUUUAACUCUAUGUACAUGUUAGUGCGGAUGAGUGAGCACGUCACAAACACGCAGGAUGCUGGAUCCUUUCUCAGUGUAACAUUUGCCAGUUCUCUCGUCAAAGUUAAACGUAAUUUUGAUAAAUUUGUGCAAUUACAGAUAAAGGCUAUAGAAGAAAACAAAGUGUCCAAGAAAGCGAAAUGUGGAAUCAUUAGCUUUGUUCACAACUUCGAGGACUUUGCCAACCAAGCAGAGAGUAUAUUCCGAGGGUCAGAGAGACAUGCAGACUUGGAUAAAGCCUAUCAAAGACUUGUAAAGGCAAUCUUUGAUAAUAUAUGUAGAAUAUCCGGGGACCAUCCAAAAACUCCAAGAGAAGUUAUUAUGAUGGAAAAUUUCCAUCAUAUGUUUUCCAUACUGUCACAGCUGAAGAUUCCAUGUUUAGAGAAUGACAGGAAGGAGGCAAAACAUCAGUACCAGGAUAAUCUAAAUGCUUACACUAAAGAUAGGCUGGGCCGACCUUUGGAGAAACUACAUACAUUUGUUGAGGGAGUAAAAUCAAAGAUGAAUCAAGGAGUUAAAGCUGAAGAAAUUGGCUUUCAACUGGCAUUCAGUAAACAGGAACUGAGAAAAGUCAUUAAAGAGUACACCGGCAAGGAGGUAAAAAAAUCACUGGAUCAUUUAUACAAGAAGGUGGAAAAACAUUUAAGUGAGGACGAAAACCUUUAUCAGGUUGUGUGGGUGGCUAUGCAGAAUGAGUUUAUCAAGCAGUACAACACUUAUGUGGAACUGAUCAAUAAAUGUUACCCCGACUCAAAUAUCACCCUGGAGUUCAGCAUAGAUGAUGUGUUACAGUACUUCUCUAACAUUGCACAGUCACACUAGAUGUGACUCUAGACAGGUUUUCAUCUGUGAAACUGAAAUGAUGUGUCAUGUCUGGGGCAAAUAUUCCCCCAGUGUUAGUUGAUAAAGAGUAUUUCACAGCGGAUGUACAUUGCAUUUUGUGCCCACAUUCCAAGAGGCAUGCAUGUUCAUCUGAGAGACUUGUAGAGUUUGACUGAGAAAUUAGGUUGCAGAAUUUGAGUUUUACUGGAUUCAAGAAAAAAGAUAGAUUUUGUAAAGUUAAUACUUUUUUUAUUUUAUGCUUUUGAAUGAAUUACUGAGAUAUAAGUGAAAUAUAUAUUUGAUAAUUUCAUUGUGAAAAAUAUAAAAUAUGUUUUUCACUGUACUCCGGUUGGGACUACUUUAAAUAAUUUCCCCUUAGGAUGCCUCAAACACUGUCAUUCAUUUCAAACAUUUAGAUUGGUUUGAAGUGUACCAAUCAGAUUCAUACUGAAAUAAAGCCUUCCUUAGUUUUUAGCUUCUAUAUCACCAUGCAGAAUCAGAGAUAGUGUCAUUUAGGAUGGUUGUUUCCCAGUAGUAUACAUUUCUACUGUUUUAGUUGUACAUGUAUACAUGACUUUGGUAUGCAGUACUUAACAAGGCAUAUAGCAAGGGGUACCUCUCUUACCUUCAAGUUUUACUAGUCCCUGUCAGAGAGAACCAAGUUAGGUGGGGAGGGGGUGGGAAUAAACAAUUUGUUUCAGUUUUAGAACCUGUUUUGUAUACAUUAAUCAAGUGGCGAAUGGCAGCAUGGGCCCUGAUUUAUAACCGCAUGUCAUUGCACAUUUAAAAGCAUAAAAUAAAAUUCUGUGACAUUCCCAGCAAGACUUGGUUACACAGGGCACCUGAAACCGUAAGUCUUGUUCUAAAUUUGAUGAGAGUUAAGACAGUGUAUUCCCUUUAGUAACCAAAAUUAUUCUGUAGAUCAGUUUUGUUUAUCUGUUUAGAGCAUUCUGUACUACCUUUAGCGAGCUUUUUAUGUACAGUGUUGUUACAUGAUUUCUUGUAGCUUCUUUCAGUUACUGACACUAUCUCUGCUAUGAUGUAUUAUUAAUGUUCUCUUUAAUAUUAAAUUUCUUGAAUAUUUAAAGAUGCAAGAACAGGAUCUUUCUAAUACAUAAUAUUAUGACAACAACUUGUUUUAAGAUAUUUAUAGAUAUGUGAGUCUUGUGAAACCAUUGUUUCCAGUGAUAACUAUUAUGAUAUAUUUAUCUGGAUAAAAAUCUUAUUAAUGUGCAAUAUUUGUAUUUAAUAUGAAUAAAUAAAAUCAUCCAAAUUUG